AUGAACUCCCUUUUACAAACCCUCUUCUUUACUAAUGUUUUACGAAAGGCGGUCUACAAAAUUCCCACUGUAGGAGAUGAUAGUUCGAGAUCUGUCGCCUUUGCACUUCAACGCGUUUUCUUUGAUCUCCAAUUUUCCGAAAAACCAGUUGCAACAAAAAAACUUACGAAGAGUUUCGGCUGGGAGACAUUAGAUUCUUUUAUGCAACAUGAUGUCCAAGAAUUUUUACGAGUUUUAUUAGAUAAGCUAGAAAAUAAAAUGAAGGGUACUUUAGUGGAAGGAACAGUUCCAAAGCUUUUUGAAGGGAAGAUGACAUCUUUUAUUAAAUGCAAAAAUGUAAAUUGCAGUAGCACUCGAGUAGAAACAUUUUAUGAUAUUCAAUUAAGCGUUAAAGGAAAAAACAACAUUUACGAGUCAUUUAAAGACUAUAUAAGUACGGAAACAUUAGAUGGUGAGAAUAAAUAUGAUGCUGGGGAGCACGGGUUGCAGGAAGCUGAGAAAGGAGUGCGAUUUGACGAGUUUCCUCCUGUACUGCAUCUGCACCUUAUGAGGUUUCAAUACGACCCACAAAGCGAUGCGUCUGUCAAAUUUAACGACAGGUUUGAAUUUUAUGAAGAGAUCAACCUGGAUCCAUAUCUUCAGGAGAUACCGCAAAUACCAGCACAUUAUACGUUACAUGCGGUUUUGGUUCAUUCAGGUGACAACCAUGGAGGUCAUUAUGUAGUGUUUAUCAAUCCCAAAGGCGAUGGAAAGUGGUGUAAAUUUGAUGACGAUGUAGUAUCACGCUGUAGAAAAAAAGAAGCCAUCGAGUACAAUUUUGGUGGAAAGGAAGAUGCACCAUAUUUAGCAAGACGUGCAACAAGCGCGUAUAUGCUUAUUUACAUACAAACAUCACAGCUGAAGUAUGUUCUCCAAGACGUUACAGAGAAUGAUAUACCAGCGGAUCUGUACGAGCGCAUUAACGAAGAAAUGAGAUACGAGAUGGUAAGAACAUGCGGCCGAAAAAUAAGAUGCAGAAAAAUUAAAUCUGAUACGUCACUCAACUCCGCCAAGUAUUACGCGAAGAUAUUUAGUGCAUUAAAACAAUUCUUCACUUUACAGGCCAUAGCCGGUUCUAAAUAUAAAGGAAGAUAG